CAUGUGGAACCCGGACCUCUUCCAAGAUCUGGAGCUUGGGAGAUGGUACUGUCCCUUCUACUGGUUCCUUUCCUACCACAUCUACGGCCUCUCCAACUGGGUCGUUGCCUGCAUGACCUUCGACAAGUUUAUAGCCGUCUGCUUCCCGCUCAAGGCAUGCACGUGGUGCACGAAAACCCGCGCGAAGAUCUCUGCGGUUCUGAUUGUACUCUCCAUUGCCGCGCUGAACGCCCCGAAUCUUCUCACGGAGCCGGACAUUGAGAAUAUCAAACUACGCCUUGGGAAGAAGACGUGCCUUUGGAAGAGGAAAUACGUUGCGGGCUGGUACCCAGAGAUCAUCGAUAUGCUCUUUGCGACUCUGUCCCUGGGGCUGCCGCUGCUGAUCGUCGUCGUGCUUAAUCUUGCAAUCGUUUCCCGGGUUUUCGGUCGAAAGGGAGACCAAGAAAGAAUGGGCGUGGUCCAGGCUAAAUCGGACGGAAACAACCAGGCAUUAGUCCUCCUUUUCAUUGUUACGGGAGUUUUCGUUGGCACAAAUCUUCCCUGGAUCAUAGAUAAUUUGGUUUGGGCGUAUUUGAUAGAGCUGGUGACGGGACAGCCGUACUCGACGAACUAUAGACUAUACAGGAUGCGUCCUGUCAGCUAUGAGUGCGUCCUAUUCCUGAUCUUCGCCAACUCCUCCAUCAACUUUUAUAUCUACUGCCUGGGCUGCAGGAAAUUCCGGAAGGAUCUCGUCAAAAUGUUUAACCAAAGUUUCCGGAAAAGGACACAGGAUGUGCAAUACCUGCGACAGUAAAUUUGAGUACGUUCGGUAUGAGAGACACAUUUUUGGUCCACCCGGUAUCUCCUUAUUAGUGCGUGCGACGCUUUAUGUCAUGUAAUGUUUACAUUUAAUGGAUGUUUAUUUGGCAAGAAAUACUUCGUCGUAUGAUUACUAAAGUAUAUCAUAAGCAUGAUUUAAAUACAGCACGCACGAUUCAUGCGCGCGUUUUAGGAAGCAGAUUAAUUACACCCUUCGAGUAUCAUAUUUUUCCUCAUUUUUUGAUUAGGAUUAUUUGACAAUACUAUUGACUUCAGUGUUUCAAAACCUGUUAUUACAUCCAUUCAACAUAUUUUUACAAUGCGACAUUCUAAAAGUAUCGGCCAAAAGUUCACGCAAAGUUUAAUUAUGCAUGGUGUUCGCUUUUGGUGUCUCGGAGAAAAAAAGUCUGCUUCUUCCAUUUGUCAAACGAUAAUAAUGGUUCUGAAUUUUAAUUAGUGCUAAUUUUUAUUGGGAUAACAAUCAGUCAAAUCGGCGAGACGGGAAAAGUAGCAAAAUUAAUUCAUCAAUGUUCAAUUGAAAAUAAUACUUUACGUGUCAGAGCAAGCAGAGAUGGGAAAAUGAGUCUAAAACUUCCCCGCGGGCAUAAUCAAGAUAGCGUUGAAUGUUGUCACGCAGUUUAUAAUAAGAUACCACGACCGAAUUAUUAUGCUUAAUAUUAAUAAUAAUCAAGUUAGCAAUUAUGAUAUUUUUCACGCGAUCGCAACUUGUAAUUUUUAAUUCUUCACAUGCGCUCCAA